GUUAAAUCCACCACACAGAGUGAAAUCGAUCUCCAUGACAACCUUCACACAACAGGAAAUUGAAUUUCUGCAAAAACAUGGAAAUGAAGUCUGUAAACAGAUUUGGCUAGGAUUAUUUGAUGAUAGAUCUUCAGCAAUUCCAGACUUCAGGGAUCCACAAAAAGUGAAAGAGUUUCUACAAGAAAAAUAUGAAAAGAAAAGAUGGUAUGUCCCGCCAGAACAAGCCAAAGUGGUGGCAUCAGUGCAUGCAUCUAUUUCAGGGUCCUCUGCCAGUAGCACAAGCAGCACACCUGAGGUCAAACCACUGAAGUCUCUUUUAGGGGAUUCUGCACCAGCACUGCACUUAAAUAAGGGUACACCAAGUCAGUCCCCAGUUGUAGGUCGCUCUCAAGGGCAGCAGCAGGAGAAGAAGCAGUUUGACCUUUUGAGUGAUCUUGGCUCAGACAUCUUUGCCGCUCCAGCUCCUCAGUCAACAGCUACAGCCAAUUUUGCUAACUUUGCACAUUUCAACAGUCAUGCAGCUCAGAAUUCUGCAAAUGCAGAUUUUGCAAACUUUGAUGCAUUUGGACAGUCUAGUGGUUCGAGUAAUUUUGGAGGUUUCCCCACAGCAAGUCAUUCUCCUUUUCAGCCCCAAACUACAGCAUUUAGAAUGCUUUCAUCUAGCUGCAGUUUUGGUGAAUUUACUUCAGCUUUUCCUCUCCAGGCUACUCACAGUGGAAGUGCUGGAUCCGUAAAUGCUAAUUUUGCUCAUUUUGAUAACUUCCCCAAAUCCUCCAGUGCUGAUUUUGGAACCUUCAAUACUUCCCAGAGUCAUCAAACAGCAUCAGCUGUUACUAAAGUUUCAACGAACAAAGCUGGAUUACAGACAGCAGACAAAUAUGCAGCACUUGCUAAUUUAGACAAUAUCUUCAGUGCUGGGCAAGGUGGUGAUCAGGGAAGUGGCUUUGGGACCACAGGUAAAACUCCUGUUGGUUCUGUGGUUUCAGUUCCCAGUCAGUCAAGUGCAUCUUCAGACAAGUAUGCAGCCCUGGCAGAGCUAGACAGCGUUUUCAGUUCUGCAGCCACCUCCAGUAAUGCGUAUACUUCCACAAGUAAUGCUAGCAGCAACGUUUUUGGAACAGUGCCAGUGGGUGCUUCUGCACAGACACAGCCUGCUUCUUCAAGUGUGCCUGCUCCAUUUGGAGCUACGCCUUCCACAAAUCCCUUUGUUGCUGCUGCUGGUCCUUCUGUGGCAUCUUCUACAAAUCCAUUUCAGACCAAUGCCAGAGGAGCAACAGGCCUUUCUGGAGCAAUGCAUUCUCAAGUGUUUCCUCACGCUCAUUUUGCGGCAACCUUUGGCACUGCGUCCAUGAGCAUGCCUACGGGGUUCGGCACCCCUGCUCCCUAUAGUCUUCCCACCAGCUUUAGCGGCAGCUUCCAGCAGCCUGCUUUCCCAGCCCAAGCAGCUUUCCCUCAACAAACAGCUUUUUCUCAACAGCCUAAUGGUGCAGGUUUUGCAGCAUUUGGACAAACAAAGCCAGUGGUAACCCCUUUUGGUCAAGUUGCAGCUACUGGGGUAUCUAGUAAUCCUUUUAUGACUGGUGCACCGACAGGACAGUUUCCAACAGGAAGCUCAUCAACCAAUCCUUUCUUAUAGCCUUAUAUAGACACUUUACUGGAACGAACUUUUAUGUGGUCACAUUACAUCUCUCCACCUCUUGCACUGUUGUCUUGUUUCACUGAUCUUAGCUUUAAACACAAGAGAAGUCUUUAAAAAGCCUGCAUUGUGUAUUAAACACCAGGUAAUAUGUGCAAAACCGAGGGCUCCAGUAACACCUUUUAACCUGUGAAUUGGCAGAAAAAGGUAGCGGUAUCAUGUAUAUUAAAAAUUGGCUAAUGUUAAGUUAUUGCAGAUACCACAUUCAUUAUGCUGCAGUACUGUACAUAUUUUUCUUAGAAAUUAGCUAUUUGUGCAUAUCAGUAUUUGUAACUUUAACACAUUGUUAUGUGAGAAAUGUUACUGGGGAAAUAGAUCAGCCACUUUUAAGGUGCUGUGUCAUAUAUCUUGGAAUGAAUGACCUAAAUCAUUUUAACCGUUGCUACUGGAAAGUUACAAAAUCAAAAUUGGAAGGUUUUAUUCAUUCUUGAAUUUUUCCUUUCUAAAGAGCUCUUCUAUUUAUACAUGCCUAAAUUCUUUAAAAAUGUAGAGGGAUACUGUCUGCAUAAUAAAGCUGAUCAUGUUUUGCUACAGUUUGCAGGUGAAAAAAAUAAAUAUUAGAAAAUAUGCUAUUGUUUUUGUGUUCUUGCUGCAAUGCCUUUACCAAAGUGGCCUUAAAUAUGAGUAGUGAAUUGAGAACAUCUUGAAUUCUUAAAAGACUUCUAGUGAUUAACUUUUUAUAAAAAGGCCAUGUAGAAAAUUUAUUAUUAAAACUACUAUGACUGCUAUAUUCAGGAAUAUGUCAAUGGUAAAGCAUUUAAAUGUAGCUUGUUAGAUUUACCAUAAUCCUUCUAAUUUCUUUGCAACUUCUUAAUUUUGUGAAAUUUGUAUAUAUGAAGAAUUUGCAUGUAUGUGUAUUUACAGAUUUUUCUAAGUAUCUUGAAUUCUCAGACUGCAAAAGGCCUAUUUUAACUAUUGAUUUUUUUUUUUAAAUGUCUUCGAAUGUAUUGGAAGUAGACGUGCAUUAACUGUGA